AUGCCUGACCGAAGAAGACAAAAGGAGAGCUACUUUAUUCUUCACAGCAGACCAUGCAUUUGUUUUAGGCUAAAUUUUUGGAUAAAUUGGGUUUGACGCCUACUUAGAGGUAGUUUCUGCGGGUACAUUUUAAGAUUUAUUACACAUGUAAAAAUGGCAGCAAAUCCGCCUGGACAAGGAUUUCAGAACAAAAACAGAGUUGCUAUUUUAGCUGAGCUGGAUAAAGAGAAAAGACGCCUGAUCCAGAGUCAAACUCUCAACAACCCAGGAGCCAGCAUUCCCCUCUCCAGACCAGCUGUGAAUAAAGAGUUCAGGGAUCAGGCUGAACAGCAGCACAUUGCAGCGCAGCAGAAAGCGGCUUUACAGCACGCUCAUGCACACUCAUCCGGCUUCUUCAUCACUCAGGAUUCCUCCUUUGGGAACCUCAUCCUGCCGGUGUUACCCAGACUUGACCCCCUUGAGUAAAUGAACAUCAGCUCUAAGGACAGUAUUAGCAUUUAGUGAAAACUUAGUUCCCCUAUUGAUGGAUGACUCUCAUAUUUCAUGAAUUGUUUGGUCAAUUUUUUUAAGACUGUUGUAUUGUUGUAGUUUUUUUUACAUAAAAUUAUGAAAACUUAA